CUCAGGCGCCGUGAAGGAGCAAGGGCCUCGUGCAUCAGCAGAAACGUUCGUUGUUCGGUCCGGUUCUGUGGCCUCGUUCCUGGUGAUUUGUGGUUAAUACGUCUAUUGCAGGUCGUGAUCGUAAGUUUUCUGUGGGACAGGUCUUUCAGGUGGAAAAUCCAUUGAGCCUGACAUUGAGUCAAGAUGGCAGCAGGACCAAUAUCAGAAAGAAACCAGGAUGCCACCAUCUACUGCGGCGGCCUGGACGAGAAGGUGUCGGAAGCCAUCCUCUGGGAGCUGUUUGUCCAGGCCGGGCCCGUCGUGAACGUGCACAUGCCCAAGGAUCGUGUGACGAUGAACCACCAGGGCUACGGCUUCGUCGAGUUCAUGGGCGAAGACGACGCCGAUUACGCCAUCAAAAUCAUGAACAUGAUAAAGCUGUACGGCAAGCCGAUACGCGUCAACAAGGCGUCAGCCCACCAAAAGAACCUGGACGUCGGGGCUAACAUCUUCAUCGGCAACCUGGACCCGGAGGUGGACGAGAAGCUACUGUACGACACGUUCUCGGCCUUCGGCGUCAUCCUGCAAACGCCCAAGAUCAUGCGGGACCCAGACACGGGCAACAGCAAGGGCUUCGCCUUCAUCAACUACGCCAGCUUCGAGGCGUCCGACGCGGCCAUCGACGCCAUGAACGGCCAGUACCUGUGCAACCGGGCCAUCUCCAUAUCGUACGCCUUCAAGAAGGACUCAAAGGGUGAGCGGCACGGCUCGGCGGCCGAGCGCCUGUUGGCCGCGCAGAACCCGCUCUCGCAGGCCGACCGGCCGCACCAGCUGUUCGCCGACGCGCCGCCGCCGCCGUCGGGCACGUCACUGCCACCGCCGCCGGCGCCGCCGCCCAUGCCGAGCGCGCCGCCGCCGCCGGUGGGCCUGCCGCCACCGCUGCCCCACUUCAGCGGGCCGCCACCGAUGCCGCCACCGGGCCCGCCGCCGGGUCCGCUGCCCGGCCAGCCGCCGCUGCCCAGCCAGCCGCCGCCG